AUGAAUGGGCUUAAACCUUCCAUCCAAGAUCGAACUGGGUUGCAGACUUUCUGGACCGUGCAAGAGGCUAAUAAUAUGGCCCUCAAGGCAGAACUUAUGGAGAACGAGAGACGAUCGAGUUCUGGCAAUUUUCAGAAGAAAUCUGCCAAUUCACCUAUCCCUGCAAAAGACAAAGUCAUACUUGAUAAAGCUGAAAUUCCAAAAGAAUUGCAGAAAAUUUUGCAAGGGUUCAAGGAGUUGAUUGCUGACAACAUACCCAACCAGCUACCUCCCAUGAAGGAGGAUAUCCAACAUCAGAUUGAUUUGGUGCCUGGAGCAAGUCUCCCCAAUCUACCACAUUAUCUCAUGACUCCCAAGGAGAAUGAAAUUCUACAAGAGAAGAUAGAAGAGUUGCUGCAAAAAGGGUUUAUUCGUAAGAGCAUGAGUUCUUGUGCAGUCCCACUAUUGCUGGUGCCCAAAAAAGAUGAAACAUGGCAUAUGUAUGUUGAUAGUAGGGUGAUCAACAAAAUUACUAUCAAAUACAGAUUUCCAAUACCACGGUUGGAAGACAUGCUGGAUGUGUUGGAGGGUUCUAAGGUUCUUCGUCCUUUUAUCGGUUAUGUUAUUGGCGAGGAUGGCAUUCAGGUGGAUGAUGAGAAGGUGCGAGCUAUUAGUGACUGGCCUACCACGACAAUAGUAAGUGAGUUAAGAAGCUUUCAUGGGUUGGCUACCUUUUAUCGAAGGUUUGUUCAUGAUUUUAGCAUCAUUACUACACCCAUCACUGAGUGUUUGAAGCAAGGAAAGUUUCAGUGGGGUGAUGAGCAAGAGAAGAGUUUAGCACUCAUUAAGCACAAGCUAUGCACCGCCCCAGUCCUAGCCCUUCCUAACUUUGAGAAGAUAUUUGAGGUCGAAUGUGAUGCAAGUGAAGUGGGAGUAGGUGCAGUUUUGUCUCAAGAGAAGAAACCAGUGGCCUUUUUUAGUGAGAAACUUAGUGAAGCUCACCAAAUAUGGAGUACCCUUAAUCGUGUGGUAGAUGCUUUGAGCCGAAGAGCAAACAUACUAGUUACCAUGGCUCAAAAGGUUAAGGGAUUUGAGUUCUUGAAGGAGUUGUAUGAAGUCGAUGAAGACUUUAAGGAGAUUUGGUCUAAGUGUGUUCGCAACCAACCUGUUACAAAUUUUCACCCCACUUAUGGUUAUUUGUUUAAAGGUAACAAACUUUGUAUUCCUGAAACCUUCUUGAGGGAGAAGCUAAUUCGAGAUUUACAUGGAGGCGGCCUAAGUGGGCACUUAGGAAGAGACAAAAAAAUUGCUGGCAUGGAGGAGCGUUAUUAUUGGCCACAAUUGAAAAAUGACGUGGAAAGAUCGUGCAAAAGUGCUAUACUUGUCAGGUUCUCCAAGAUGACGCACUUCAUCGCGUGCAAGAAGACGAAUGAUGCAACUAGCGUAGCCAAAUUAUUUUUCAAGGAGGUUGUUUGUUUGCAUGGUGUGCCCAAAUCCAUCACCUCUGAUCGUGACACGAAGUUCCUCAGUCACUUUUGGGUUACUUUAUGGAAGAUGUUUGAAACCACCCUUAAUCGCAGCAGUACCGCACAUCCCCAAAUUGAUGGCCAGACAGAAGUUACUAACGGAACUUUGGGAAAAUCACCUUUCAAUUUGGUUUACAGUUCGAUUCCUAACCAUGUGAUUGAUUUAGUGAAGCUACCCAAGGCCCAUGGUGUAAGUACCGCAACUGAGCAUAUGGCAGAAAAUGUCCAGGCCAUGAAGAAUGAGGUCAAGGAGAGGUUGGAGAAAACCACAGCUAAAUACAAAGCCGCCGCAGACAAACAUGUACGAGUUAAGGUGUUCAAUGAAGGCGACUCCGUCAUGGUCUGUUUGAAGAAGGAGAGGUUUCCAGUGGAUGAUCCACUCUAUCCUAAAGAUAACUCGGGGUCGAGUUCUUCCGAAGUGGAAGGGACUAAUGUAGAACAUAUGGCCGAGUUGAUCGAGGAAUAG